CCCAAAUUCAUUCAUCUGCUGAACUACCGAAGCUCAUCUUCUCACACUUCUCGUUUCACUUUCGGCGGCCGACCACCAUCAUAAUCCUCACUUUUCUGUCUCAACUUCGGCCGUCCACUAGCCUUCCUCUCAUCUUCUCCAUCAAUUCGUCCUCUCACUCUCCUUCGCAAGACGAUCAUGAAAAGCUGUAAAGAGAGCUACAAUGAGGAAGAGAGUAUGGAAUAGUCGAGAGGCAAUGAUGGGACCUUCAUCGUCCAGAUCUAGUGAUGCUCAGGCUCAGGCAUGAUUCACAAAUGGAAGUCCGUUUGCUUUCGCUACUGAUUGAAUAUAUAUCCCUGAACAGAAUGCUUUUCCAUCUUCUCCUUUGCCUGUUUAUCAAUCACAAAAAGGGAAAAAAGAAUUUAUUCCCAUGGAAUGGCCUUCCACUUGGACCUCGUUGUUACAGAAAUGCUCCUCUCUCUCUCACAUCAAGCAACUCCAAGCUCAUCUUAUCACCACCGUCCAAUUCCAAUCCCACUCUUCUCGCACCAAGCUCCUUGAGCUUUGCGCCAUUUCACCCUUCGGUGACCUUUCUUUUGCCUGCGAAAUUUUCCGGCAAAUCCAAACACCGUCCACCAAUGAUUGGAAUGCCAUUGUUCGAGGCUUAGCGCAGAGCUCACACCCCACACAAGCCAUCUCAUGGUACCGCACCAUGUUGCGGAGGUCCCAAAGGGUGGAUGCUCUAACUUGCUCGUUUGUACUGAAGGCGUGCGCUCGUGCUUUGGCUCUCUCUGAAGCCUCACAGCUGCAUUCUCAGAUUGUGCGUUUAGGAGUCGAAGCUGAUGUUUUGUUGCAGACCACCUUGUUAGACGUGUACGCUAAAUCGGGUGAUCUCGAUGGUGCACAAAAGGUGUUUGAUGAAAUGGGUUUGCGUGAUAUAGCUUCGUGGAAUGCAUUGAUUUCUGGGUUGGCACAGGGGAAUCGGCCCAACGAAGCCAUGGCUUUGUUUAACAGAAUGAAGGAGCAGGGUUGGAAGCCAAAUGAGGUCACUGUUCUCGGUGCACUCUCUGCUUGUUCACAAUUGGGUGCUUUGAAACAGGGUGAAAAUAUUCACGGGUACGUAGUGAAUGAGAAGCUAGACAUGAAUGUAAUUGUUUGUAAUGCAGUUAUUGAUAUGUAUGCAAAAUGUGGGUUUGUAGAUAAAGCAUAUUCGGUCUUCAAUAACAUGAGUUGCAGGAAAAAUAUUAUUACAUGGAAUACAAUGAUUAUGGCAUUAGCAAUGAAUGGUGAUGGACACAAGGCAUUGGAUCUUUUGGGUCAAAUGGCUCAAGAUGGAGUGAAGCCAGAUGCGGUAUCAUAUCUUUCUGCAUUGUGUGCAUGCAACCAUGCUGGUUUGGUGGAAGAGGGUGUUAACUUGUUUGAUUCAAUGAUGAAGUCUGGGGUUAAACCCAAUGUUAAGCAUUAUGGUAGUGUAGUUGAUUUGUUGGGUCGAGCAGGAAGGCUCAAAGAAGCUUGUGACAUUAUAAACUCUAUGCCUAUGUUCCCUGAUGAAGUACUUUGGCAGACUUUGCUUGGGGCCAGCAAGACAUAUGGGAACGUCGAAAUGGCAGAGAUGGCAUCAAAGAAGCUGGUAGAGAUGGGAUCUAGCAGUUGUGGAGAUUUUGUGUUGCUAUCAAAUAUUUAUGCAGCUAAAAAGAGAUGGGAUGAUGUAGGGAGGGUGAGGGAAGCCAUGAAAAAUAAGGAGGUAAGGAAGGUGCCAGGAUUUAGUUACAUGGAAGUAGAAGGUGGGUUACACAAGUUUGUAAAUGGUGAUCAGAGUCAUCCGAAUUCCAGGGAGAUCUAUGCAAAGCUGGAUGAGAUUAAGUUCAGGAUUAAGGCCUAUGGAUAUACAGCUGAGACUGAUCUGGUAUUGCAUGAUAUAGGGGAGGAGGACAAGGAGAAUGCUUUGAAUUAUCACAGUGAGAAGUUGGCAGUGGCAUUUGGGUUAAUUAGUACAAUCGAUGGAACAUCAAUUCAAGUUAUAAAAAACCUUAGAAUAUGUGUGGACUGUCAUGCUGUGAUGAAAAUUAUAUCAAAGAUUUAUAGUAGGGAGAUCAUUGUGAGAGAUAGAGCACGGUUUCACAGAUUUAAGCAGGGUCUAUGUUCUUGCAAAGAUUAUUGGUAAAAUGCAAUUUUGUUUGUAAGCAGUUUCAAUGGAGAUAUUGGAGAUAAUAUUAAGUAUUCAUUCAUUUGAAUGUUCAAAGAAAUUGGAACAAUAAUUUUUCUCAUAAUUGCAUCUCGAUCUCUGUUUGGCAAGAAGAAUAAUUGGGAUGAAACAAACUGCCGAAGUUUUGUGAUCAAAGGUAAAUGUUGGGCAAUGAAGUUUAGUCAAGUUAAUGUCUAUGGAGACUCUACAAAGAGUUUUUCGCUAAUCAUCUUCUUGCUGCAACUAUCAAUAACAUUAGAGAACUUAUGAUGAGGGAUUGGAAUAUCAUCUUUAACUACAUUUUUAGAGAAGUUAAUAAAUGUAUUGAUUUGAUGGCUCAUUUAGCAUUUAGUGAUAAUUUAAAUGUUCAGAUUUUUGAUAAUCUGUCCUCAGGUUGUAUGAAUAUUUUAUAUGUCAAUAAGACUUAGGUUGUCUA